AAAAAAGACCGCACGGUCCAACCACCACAAAUAUAUAUAUAUAUGGAGUAAUAAUAUAAUUAUUAAUUAAUGAAACACACGUAAAUAAAAUUGCCUUUAUAUAUCUUGCGACGCGGCAGCGCGGAAAUGGGGACCGUGGUGGAACAAAGGUGUUGGCUGUCAUCUCUACGCCGGGAAGGCCGCCGCCGUCACCAAGCCUGCUCACGCUCCGGCCGUCGAGAGACUUCCGUCUCAGUUUUUAGGAGAAGUCGCAGUGGUGAGGGACUGGGAUGUGGUCAUUCAUUGAAGUCGAGCUGCUGCAGUACUGCAACGAGUUGGAGCGGUGGUAGCUGUUCGCCGGAGAAGGGAUAUGUUGAAGAAGAAGGGGAGGUGUUGGUGGCGGCGUUGAGGGAGGCGGAGCCGAAUAUUGCGGCGCUGAGGGGGUGUACUUUGGUUGUCGUCAUUUCUGCGGAGGUCGCCGACAAUCCUCAUCAUCUUUCUUCCUUGCUCGAGUUAUCGAAAGUCUAAACAAAUUCGAGAAUUGGCGAUUCCUGAAAAUGGGAAGUGGAAGUUGGUGAUUCAUGGAAGUUAGUAGAGCUACGAAAAAAUGGCUCUAGUGGAUAUGCCAAUACAAGUAAUUAGUGGAGACGUAAGCUUCAGACAGAUCUAAUGAUGAGCUUGAGUAAAUUCCGCUGGAGGCGCUGAGAAAAUUCUGAGCAUGGUGCGACAGCCAGAGACAUCGCUGGUAUAAGGGCAGUAAAGGAAUUAUAAAAAGUACUUUUAUCGUGAGUGUCCAGUUAGCAAAAGAGGAUAUUUCUCUCCUUCAUGAAUUUGGAAUCAAAUUCGUUCUUGUGCCAGGGACCCAUGUGCAGAUCAAUAAGCUUCUAUCCAAGCGUGGAAGUGAACCUAAGUAUGUAGGUCACUACAGAAUCACAGACACUGAUUCCCUAGAGGCUGCAAUGGAUGCUGCUGCAAGAAUUCGAAUACUGUUAGAGGCAAAACUAUCACCUGGACCUCCCCUGAGUCUUAUCCGCCGACAUGGAGACAGUAAUCGCUGGCAUGACGGUGUCAGAGUCACCAGUGGUAAUUUUCUAGCAGCUAAGAGAAGGGGAGUUGUUGAGGGAAUCGAUUACGGGUCUACUGGUGAAGUGAAAAAGAUUGAUGUCUCUCGAAUACGCGAGAGACUUGAUCAAGAAUCUAUUGUUAUAAUUAGCAAUGUUGGCUAUUCAAGUUCUGGACAUAUUUUGAAUUGCAAGUAUGCUAUAUAUGGCUGUAGGCUUUUAAUAGCACAUAUGAAGUUGCUACAGCCUGCGCAUUGGCCCUCAGAGCAGAGAAAGUCAUUUUCAUUCUUGAUGGUCCAAUAUUAGAUGAAUCUGGACGUCUUAUUCGUUUCUUAACAGUUCAGGAUGCUGAUUUGUUGGUCCGCAGAAGAGCUUAUCAAAGUGAAACAGCUGCAACUUAUGUGAAAGCUGUGAGUCAUGAAGACUUACCACUGGGCUAUCAAGUUUCUAAUGGAUUAGUUUUUUCUCAUAACAGAAAUGGAUAUAGAGAUAAAUAUAACCCCACAUUCCACAAUGGAGUUGGCUUUGACAAUGGGAAUGAGCCUUGGUCUGGUGAACGAGGUUCUGAAAUUGGAGGGCAAGAGAGGCUAAAUCGGUGUCAUGGUUACCUUUCAGAGUUAGCCACAGCAGCUUUUGUUUGCAGUGGAGGUGUUCAAAGAGUUCACUUGUUAGAUGGAACCAUCGAUGGAGUUUUAUUGAAGGAGUUGUUUCAAAGGGAUGGCUUUGGUACAAUGGUGGCUAGUGACCUUUAUGAAGGAAUUCGAAUGGCAAGGGCAUUGGAUAUACCAGGAAUAACACAAUUAUUGCAACCUUUAGAAAAAUAUGGAACAUUGGCUUGGAGGACAGAGGAGGAGCUUAUUGUGGCAUUGGAUUCGUUCGUUGUUGUGGAAAGAGAGGGCCAAAUUAUAGCUUGUGCUUCUCUAUUUGCAUACUUGAAAGAAAAAUGCGGAGAGGUUGCUUUUAUUGCCGUUUCUCCUAAAUACCGUGGCCAAGGGCAGGGAGACAAACUACUUGAUUAUAUUGAAAAGAAGGCAUCUUCCCUCGGCAUACAAAUGCUUUUUCUUCGUACAACUCGUACAGAGGACUGGUUUGUAAGACGCGGAUUUUCAGAAUGCUGCGUUGGUCAGAUACCAGUGGAGAGAAGGAAAAGAAUCAAUGUUUUGCACGGGUCAAAAUGUUACAUGAAGAGGCUGCUGCCUGAUAGAAGCAGUAUUCACUUUGAUAAUGUGUCAUUGGCAUGAGAAGAGCAACAUUAUAGGCUGUUCGGCGCCCCGUGGCUGUAUAUUGAUUGAAUGAGAUAAUAAGCUGCUUGUAGCAGUGUGGCUGCAACUCUAGGUGUACGAGCUGCAAAAUCAAUAUGGCUGUACAAACUGCAAGAGAAUAAGUGCAGCAUAUACUGAUGUAUAUACAUCAACAUCAUGUAUUAUACUGUAUUUCCUAAAAUCCUGUUCAUAACUCAUAAGUUGUUCAAGUGUUAUAUGUUCAGAAUAACGUAAAUGCUUGAUCAGUAGCAGGCCCGGCCUUGAUGUCUAAAACCCUAAAAUUCAAUAUUUCUUUUAU